AUGAGGCUCAUUUGCCUAAAGCCCCCUGCGCUGGCGCGUACCUGCGAGUCCGUUGCGCGCAGGGCCUCCACCGUGGAGGGCUUGAGCUGCGUGCGCGAUGACGCUGUGCGCGUGCGCCAGGCGCUGCGCGGGGGCGGACGGGCUGUCGGGGGCGGCGCCCGCGCUCUUCAUGGCUCCCUCCGCUGCUCCUCCUCCGCCGCCGCCGCCGCCGCCGCCGUCGCCCUGGGCGGCGUCGCGGCGCUGCUGGGGGCUGCCGGCCACCGCGGCGUCCUCGUCCCUGGCCAUCGCGCUGCGCCCCCGGCCGCCUGCAACAAGGCACGCGCUGCUCACUCCUGCGACGCCGCUACACGCGCCAAGCACGCGAGCGGGGCCGCCAGCCGCAGGAAGCCGAAUGGAGGGCUUUUUAAAAACCCUCAAGAAGAAUGCAAAAGCAAUUCAAGAUUAUACAUCGCCCCGUUGGCCCGUUUCAUCGUUCCUCCCUUCCAAGGAAGUUCCGGCGAAGGCCAGACCGCGCUCGCUCACCAACUCGGCGAGCGGAACCUUGGCAUUGUUGCUGGAUGCGCCUCAGGAAGGAAUGGUCGGGAAGGGGCCGGCGUAACUGGGGUUAAGAGCGCUUACCGCCUUUCGGGCCUUCAGGCGGAAGGCGUAUGGUCGAAUGCGCCCCGGGGGGUAGUUCAAGAAGUGAAAAUAUCCGUUUCGGGUUCAAGAGACCGCGACACCAGCCACAUCCAGACAGAUGGACAUACGGGCAAACGGGUAGAUGAGCAUACGGACAGUGAGACAGACGGAUACAGGGACAGAGGGACAGACGGACAGAGGGACAGACGGACAGACGGACAGGCUGUCAGAGGGACAGACAGACAGACGUUUCGCCCAGCCCGCGCGGGCGCGCGUCGCGGCGCCGGCCCGGGCCCGGGCCCAGACGCGCUAAUCGCGGAGCGCCUCUCCGACAGGGCCUCCUCUUCCUCCGACCGUCAGCUGUCCACGCCCACGUUGGUGCUCCGCUCUAGCCGCCGGGACCUGCUGUAG